ACUCUUUUUCCUCUAUCCGCCCGCCUCCCCGCGCCAUGGCGCCGCUCCCCGCGCCCACCGCCGCCUCCGCCUUCCUCUUCCACGCCCCGCCGCGCGGCCACCACCACCACCACAAGCCUAAGCCCUCCUCCAGACCCACCACCACCCUCUGCUCCGCCGCGCCCUCCUCCACGCCGUCCCUCGCCGACCAGCUGGAGCCGCUCUCGCGCACGCUGCUCACCGACAAGCCCACCCCCGCCGCCGACCGCGCGCAGCGCCCCACCCCGGAGCCCACCUGGGUCAACCCCUCCAGGCCGCGCCCCACGGUGCUCUCCCUCCGCCGCCAGCGCCGCCGCCCGGCCGCCUCCCACCCCUCCUCGGCCCCGCUCCAGCCGCUGCUCCGCGACCUGCGCGCGCUCCCGGAGGACGCCGACCUGGCGCCCACCCUCAGCGCCUUCUUCCCGCUCCCGGGCUCCCCGCCCACCUCCUCCGACGCGCUGCUCCUCCUCAACUACCUCCACCCGUCCUGGCGCAAGACGCUCUCCCUCUUCGCCUACCUCCGGGGCCUCCCCGCCGACGCCGGCUUCACCGUCGACACCAUCCUCUUCAACGUCGCCCUCAAGUCGCUCCGCGCCGCGCGCCGCUGGGACGAGGCGGAGCGGCUGGCGCUCGACAUGGUCGACUCCGGCGUCCCGCUCGACAACAUCACCUACUCCACCCUCAUCACCGCCGCCCGCCGCUGCCGCCAGUUCGCCAAGGCCGUCGAGUGGUUCGAGCGCAUGUACUCCCCGCCCAGCGGCGUGCUCCCCGACGAGGUCACCUACUCCGCCGUCCUCGACGUCUACGCGCAGCUCCGCAUGAAGGAGGAGGUGCUGGCGCUCUUCGACCGCGCCCGCGGCAGCGGCUGGAAGCCCGACCACGUCGCCUUCGCCGUGCUCGCCAAGAUGUUCGGCGAGGCCGGCGACUAUGACGGCAUCCAGUUCGUCUUCAAGGAGAUGCGGGAGGUGGGCAUCAAGCCCAACAUCUUCGUCUACAACGCGCUGCUCGAGGCGCUCGGCAAGACCGGCAAGCCGGGCCUUGCCCGCAACCUGUUCGAGGAAAUGGCCGCCGAGGGCGUCGAGCCCAACGCGCGCACGCUCACCGCGGUGGCCAAGAUCUACGGCCGGGCGCGCUGGGGCCGCGACGCGCUCCAGCUCUGGGACCAGAUGCGCGACAAGAAGAUCCCCGCCGACAGCAUCCUCUGCAACACGCUGCUCAGCAUGUGCGCCGACGUGGGGCUGGUGGCCGAGGCCGAGCAGCUCUUCGAGGAGAUGAAGGACCCGGACCUCACCGACGUCCCCCAGCCGGACAAGUGGAGCUACACGGCCAUGAUCAACAUCUACGGGAGCAUCAAGGACGCCGACCGCGCGCUCCAGCUGUUUGUGGAAAUGCUCCAGAGCGGCAUAGAGGCCAACAUCAUGAGCUACACCAUCGUGAUCCAGUGCCUCGGCAAGGCGAACAGGAUACGGGACGCCGUGGAGGUGCUCGAGGCGGGGCUGGAGAGGGGCCUCAAGCCCGAUGACCGGCUAUGCGGGUGCCUGCUCUCCGUCGUCGCGCUAAGCAGCGGCGAGGAGACGGAGCUGGUGCUCGGAUGCCUCGAAAAGUUCAACGGAAACCUAGUCAAGCUGAUCAGGAUGCUCGGGGACGACCAGGUGGGCGCCGACGAGCUCAAGGAGCAGCUGAAGGCCGUGCUGAAUGCCGCGGAGACCGAGGUGCGCCGGCCCUACUGCAACUGCCUGAUCGACAUAUGCCAGAACCAUGGCCUCCCCGCCCGGAGGCCGAGGGAGCUCUUCCGGCUCGCCCAGGGCUACGGCCUCUACUCCAAGCUCCACAUCAGGAAGGAUGACGAGUGGCUGCUAGACCUGCGGUCGCUCUCGGUUGGCGCUGCUAAGACGGCGUUCGACGACUGGAUGGUGGCCCUCUCGGAGCGCGCUGCGCAGGGCCAGACCCUGCCACAGUCCUUCAACGUGUUCACCGGUUCCAGCACCCACAAGUUCGCGCAGGGGCUGGCCAGCGCCUUCGCCGCCCACCUCAAGGAGGCCGCGGCGCCGUUCCGCCCGAGCGAGUCCCAGGUCGGCAGCUUCGUCAGCUCCAGGGACGAGCUAGUCCCGUGGCUGCAGACGAGCAGCCCGUCGUCUCCGGUCGUCGCGGGAUGGUUGCUUCAGUAUCUGUUGGCACUGAGAGCUGCGUUCAUCGCAAACAGCAGAUUGUGUUUGUUAGUUAUGGGGAAAUUGUGGGUUCUAGUGAAGCAAAGGCGGGUCAUUUGGUGCCCAUUGCUGCCUGCUGCCGCGCUGAUAAUGGGAGAGGAGCGUCCAUCACAAACAAAGUCCCCCUCAAAAAAAAAAAUCACAAACAAAGUCGAGGCCUCCGCAUCUUCUUCCUCUGCCCCACACACGCGCGACAGACAGAAAUCGGAGGGGAUCGCCGAGCCGAGCGGAGGCCGGAGAGGGAGAAGGAAGAUGAUACUCGCCGUGCUCUUCGCCAACUCCGAGGGCAACAUCCUCAUCGAGAGGUUCCAUGGCGUCCCCGCGGAGGAGCGGCUGCACUGGCGCUCCUUCCUCGUCAAGCUCGGCGCCGAGAACCUCAAGGGCGCCAAGUCCGAGGAGCUCCUCGUCGCCUCCCACAAGUCGGUCUCCAUUGUGUAUACCAUGAUCGGGGACGUCUGCCUGUACAUUGUUGGCAAGGAUGAAUAUGAUGAGCUUGCUUUGUCGGAGGUGAUCUUCGCUGUUACGUCGGCGGUUAAGGAUGUGUGUGCGAAACCACCUACCGAGCGCCUCUUCCUCGACAAGUAUGGGAGGAUCUGCUUGUGCCUUGAUGAGAUCGUUUGGCAGGGGUUGCUGGAGAACACGGAGAAGGACAGGGUUCGGAGGCUGAUCAGGCUGAAGCCCCCCGUGGAGCCAAUAAUUCUUAUAUGUAAGAAAUGUAGAGUUAAAAAGGAGCAGCGGGAGAGCCACAAAAACAAUAUUUCCUUCCACAAGGUGUGUGAGCCGAGAGAGGAAGAGACCUGCCGGCCGGAGACGGAGACGAUGGAUCUGGUGAACGGCGCGCUCAACUGGGCGGCGAUGCCCGCCAUGGUCGCCGCCCUCCUGCUCUUCUACCCGCCAUACUACCUCUUCAAGCUCUGCUACUCCUUCCUCUCCUACCUCUUCCCCGACGACCUCAAGCGCAAGGUCGUCCUCAUCACCGGCGCCUCCUCCGGCAUCGGCGAGCAACUGGCCUACCAGUACGCCGCCAAGGGGGCAUGCCUCGCCCUGGUCGCCAGGAAGGAAUGGAGCCUCCGGCAGGUCGCCGACCGCGCCUUCGACCUCGGUGCGCCGGACGUCAUCAUUCUCCCCGGCGACGUCGCAGACCCCGACGACUGCAACAGAUUCGUUCAGGCCACAGUCGACCACUACGGACGAUUGGACCAUCUUGUGUGCAACGCUGGCAUUGCGAGCGUGGGCGCCUUUCAGGAGAUCCCCGAUGUCACUAACUACAGCUCGCAGCUUGAUGUCAACUUCUGGGGCGCAGUUCAGUCCACUUCUGCUGCCCUGCCCCAUCUUAAAAGGACCCGAGGGAGGAUCGUGGUCACCGCCUCCGCGACCGGAUGGAACCCCGUUCCGCGCAUGAUUUUCUAUAAUGCCGCCAAUGCCGCACUGAUAAACUUCUUCGAGACGCUGCGGUCGGAGCUUGGCAGUGAAGUUGGCAUCACAAUAGUGACGCCCGGGUGGAUCGAGUCCGAGAUGUCCAAAGGCAAGUUUCUCAAGGAGCACGGCGGCGUGGAGGUUGAUCAAGAAUAUCGAGAUGCUCAAAUCGGUCUCUUCCCGGUGGAGUACGCGAAGAACUGCGCGAGGGCCAUGGUGCAGGCAGCUCGCCAAGGUGACCGUUACCUCACCGUGCCGUCAUGGUUCGGAACAAUGUACCUGUGGAGGGUGUUUGCGCCGGAGGUCGUCGAGUUCUGCUACCGCCUCCUGUACAUGCACCGCCAUGGCGGUGGCGACCAGACCGAUGCGCCGAGCAAGACGAUGGCCCAGGGUGGCGGGAAGCAGAUGCUGUACCCCUCCUCGCUGCGCUCUUCGGACGUCAAAAGCGACUAGAAACUAAGCUUUAGGUGUGGAUGCUAAGCUUUAGUAGUUUGUAAUCCCGAAUAAGCUGUGUUGUGUGUUUGUAAUAUUAGUUCUGUGUUUGAGACUGCGUGUCGAUCGACUCGUUGGUGUCUUGAAUAAUGCUUUGCACUGGUCAUAAUCUGAAAAUUUCAUUAAAAAAUAGUAAAUUUUCCUGCAA